GUAACUAAGAAUAUGGACAGUUCAUCCUGAAUUAACCAUUUUACUUUUCUUUCUAAGGUAAAUCUCUGAUACCGUCGAUAUCCUAUCUCAAAAUGCGGACAUUUGUAAUUCCAUUACUUUGCCAACUCUUCGUGCUUCUAACCCACGGACAGAAGCAUCCGCAGCCGGUUGGUAACUGGACCCUUUCCAACGCCGUCCGAACUCGCUCUGCUGGUAACGAAACUUGCGACUGGAAGUUCCUGCUUUCUCAGUCCGAAGCACCAUCGAACGGCGCUCCUACACUCUGCCAGUUCACAGUGAAUGCGGAUAAUGGACAUGAUUGCGACACCGCUACUUUCUCUGGUGUAGCCUGCAAUGGAACAGAGAGGUAUAGCAUUAACGGCGGACAUGCCCCGGAGGGGUUCAUAGUCAUGGUUCUACUUGAUUUGGAGGAGAAUGUCGAGGCAUACUUCGGGUUCGAUGACAAGGCGUUGAACAAAGGCGCGCAUAUUCCCGAGCAAAUCAUUGCUGCUUACCCACCAAAGACCUCCGGAUCACCUCGUGCUCGAAGCCUUCUCGAGAGACCCCUAUUAGCGCGAGAGAACGGUACCACGUGGACUGUUAAGAAUAUGUAUCGGGGUUGGUUACGAUUCUAUACUGCACUUUAGCUAAUAGGAUGCUGAUAUCAUGUCCAGCUAUAAUACCAUCAGAACAUCGUAUUCUCAUAGACAUGCUCAUCCUGGACGGUUCCCCUGACGGAGUGGUUUGCCAGCUCAGGUUACAAGCCCCCGAAGACGUGGAUCCUAAGACGUGGGGAUUCUCAAAUGCCAAAUGUAUUGAUAACGACUGGACAGUCCAUUGGGGAUAUCUACCUGCCCAAGAUGCAGGUGUGAUGACACUCGUCCCGUAAGUCAACCUACGUCUUGACUAUUCGGAGGAAUUAUUUGGCUGAUAGCUGAUGUCGUGAACAGCCCGAGCAGGGAUAGCAAUGCGUUCUUUGGAUAUAACGAUAUUAACUCGCACGAGGCAUUAGGUACAGCUGGGCCAAGUCAGGUGCUGCCGUGCAAUUGUGGUUGAGCUCAAUGAAAUCCUGCUGGAUGGCUUCGACUAACGGAUGAGAAAUUAGGAGGGUUGGUGGGGACGUCGAGAUAUAAAGAUUGACAGAUAGUAAACAUGCUAAUUUCUUUGCGUUUAAUUCCACAUAACUCUUGCCUACUAUCGUGUAUUUCAGGUCUAGCCCCCGG